AUGGCGCUCGCGCACCUCACGAGUGCACACCAAAGUGCGCUAUUUGCGCCGGACCCCGGGGACCGGAGCUGUAAGGAGCGCUACAGGGCGCCACCACCCAAAUCGCCCACCCCUCCACUGGAGAGCCAACCCGGCCCCACGAAAGGCAAACGCCAGCGACCACGGAAGCCGAGGCCACCCGACACCCGGGCUUCACAGCAGGUGACUCCAUCUCCUGCCACCAAAUCUCAUCCACCCCCUCAUCCUGGAGCAGGGACCCCCGGGCCUUCCAAGCGAGGCCUCACUUCGCCGGGACCUCCCACCGAGAGGUCUCCAUCGAGGCAGGGCCUACCUGCCUCCUCCACAUCCCACCCGCCGCCACCCAGACUCCAGCCUGCUACCCAAGGGGAACUCACAUGGGCUGCUCGCAUCCAACAAGGACCUCAGGCAAUGGAGGCGCUCGUGAACCGCUCGUCCCCACUUCCUACCUCGACACCUUCCGGGCCAGCACCGGAAGCGAUGGACAGUGCCCCCUCUGAUCAAAGGGACUGCACGGCACUCCUCGCUCCGAUUGAAGCGCGUCUCAGCAACCUGGAGGGCCAAAUGGCCUCCAUAGUAACCACUAUCGGGGAUAGACUCGCUGCUGCCAUUCAAACCGUAUUCGACCGCAUCCCGGCCAUGAUAGUGGCCCAGCUGCCCAAAAUCGUUUCCAGCACCCGUAGACCCUCCACCAAGCUUAAACGGGUGAAUAAAUCUCAGAUGCAACGGCCACUACCUCAUAUGGCCGAGGCUGAUCGGCACCCUGUCAGUUUGACUGCAACCCCGGAUAAUAGCCCCAGAACGAGCAGCGGAGCGCCUAUGGACCUCUCUGCUCUACUGGAAGCCACCCAAAAUUCUAAUCCCCAAGAUGGCGGGCCACGGCGCUAA